CAGUAUAGCACGGUGAGACUGCUGUGGUGGUGACUCAAAGUAAAAGAGAAAAAAAGACCACUAACACAAGUGACAGCCACAAGCAGGAAACUCCCGCGUCCAAAGACCACGUAAAACAAUAUCAGAGCUGAUUAAAAAGAUUUACACAGCGAAGAAGAAAAGAUAAAAGUCAGGGAAAUGUCAGGAGCGGAGUUUGAAAGGGAGUUUCUGUACAAUUUACCCGCGUCUGUUAUGAAUCAGUUUACACGGAUUAUGGACUCACUUUCACGCUCAGACUGGAUAUUAUUCGCUUCACAGGUAAUAUCGGACCAGACUGAACUACACCUUUUGGAGCAAAGCCCCAGACGGACAGACAACCUGAUCCACAAAUGGGGCUGUCGCAACGGGACGGUUGGAGAACUGCUGAAGAUUCUUGAGGGCUUGCAGUGGUUUAGGGCCCGUGAUAUCAUCCUUGAAUGCAGACAUAUACGGCAGUUUCGUUCAGAGCAGCAGUCACCUUUAACGGUGCCACCAGUCCCUGCAUGUCAAAGCAGUACAGCCACCUUUGUCAAAGAGUCUCUCCCUGUCCCCGAAGUCAGGCUUCUACCCAAGCCUAGCCCCCCACCGCCUGAUCUGGACUCUAUGGAUUCAAGAAUUUCAAAUAUAGAGUCCCCGUGUGCGAACCGCGUGGAUCCCCUGCCUCUUUCCUCUACUGCAAUGAGCUGGCCGCUUGAGGAAAUCCAGAGUAGCACAUGCAACUUUUCCCCGUGCAAGCAGAUUGGAGAAGGAGGGUUCGGGCACGUGUAUAAAGCUGUGAUGAGAAACACUGAAUUUGCUGUGAAGAAGCUGAAAGAGGACUCCCAUUUGGACUGGAAUGUCGUGAAGGAAAGUUUCAGGACGGAAGUAGAAAAACUAUCACAAUACAGACAUCCCAACAUAAUGGACUUUGUUGGCUACAGUAUAGAAGGACAAACUUAUUGUUUAAUAUAUGUUUAUAUGCCGAAGGGCUCUUUAGAGGACCGGCUUCGAUGUGAGGACAGUAACGCCCUCUCUUGGUCACAGCGUGUAAAUGUGUUGCUUGGCACUGCCAAAGCUAUUCAGUACCUGCAUUCUUCUUCACCUGCACUUAUUCAUGGAGAUAUCAAGAGCUCUAACAUCCUUUUAGGGGACCACCUGGAGCCCAAGCUGGGGGACUUUGGAUUGGCACGUUUUUGUCGGAACCCCAACAAAACCCCAGGCAAGACGUCCACCGUGGCUCAAACUGCUACGGUCCGGGGAACUCUGGCAUACCUCCCAGAAGAAUACCUGAAGGAUGGACAGCUGGGAGUGGAGAUCGACAUCUACAGCUUUGGAGUGGUCAUGCUAGAGGUACUUACUGGACGCCAGGCUCUGGAGGUCAAUGGCCAAUCCAGAACUGUUUACUUGAAAGAUCUAGUAAAUGAGGAGGAAGAUGAUGGAAGAAGUUUCAGCAAAGGGAAGCACUCGCGGGAGCUGUCCUAUACUUACGCAGCGGAGAACAUCUGCAGGAAACAUCUGGAUCCUCGACUGAUGACUGAAGACACACCUUCCCCUCAUGGAUCAAUGGAAAUCUCUCAGCUGGCAUGUCAAUGUUUAGACCGGCGGCGGAAGAAGAGACCCCGCAUGACGGAAGUGUUCAAAGCACUUCAAGAUGUGCAUUUAGGGUUGAAGACCUCUUGCAGAUCAACCACGGUCAGAUUGUCUCCCGUAUCAUCUCAUCCAUCCACUCCUGAGCCUCUGCGCUCCGACAGCAGCUCCCUGGACUCUCUCACUCAUCAGUUCUCUAAACUCCGCCCUCAAGAGGACACGUACCCCUGCCUUCACAAGACUGUCUGUCCCACCUUGACCUCUGUCGUGACUCAGUCUAGCUGCUCAGAGUCAGAGCUGAAUGCUGAAUCAUGGGCUUCACAGUCCUCUGGUAUGCCGUGUGAAUCGGAUGAGAGUCAAGGCUUUUCUCAGUACUUGACAGGUCACUGUAGCAGAGCUCAGGUGACGUCAUGUGGGGCCUGUGGCAUUCAGAGCACUAAAACAAGUGGUUCUUUAGUGGAAAACUCAUCACAGUCCAGUCCCAAUGAAGAUUUUUCUGACAAGAAAGUGUUUGUAAAUCCUGUGAGGCAGCGACUGGUCCAAAAAAUGGAGCUUUAUGAAGAGGGAAGGAUUUUAACUUCUGAUCUGCUGUCAUCAGGCGCCUCAUUAUACCGGGAGAUGAAUGCUGAAACGAGGGAGCCAGAAGAGAGUGAUGAGUUUGCAAGCGAGACAUCUGGAAUCAACAUGCAGUCGCCUGCUGCAGUUUAACACUGGAUGUUUGGAGGAAGGAACCCAGCAAAUAUGUUGUUAAAAUAUUACAUGAAAUAUUCACAAAUAUCUUUACGGUACUUUUUUUACGGUUAUGAUAAAGAAAGUACCUUCAUAAAUACCUCGCCAAAGCUGCAGAUUAAUAAUCUUUUUUUUUAUGGUAAUAGCAAGUGAAACGUGGUACGGAUGAAGAAAGCUCUGUAGUUAUGAACCUGUGAAUCUUGACUAUCAAGCCAAAGAAAUAUAAAAGUGCAUAAUUUAUUGUUAUACGCCUGUUAGUUUGGCGAUUGAAUGUCUGUCUGUUGCUGUUUUUGGCUUAGUUCUCAGCAGCAUAUUGUUUAUAACAUAAUGUGAGGUUUAUGGAUUAUGGCCAAAACACCUACUUCUAUGAGUAGUAUUUAAAUACUAUUAGUACUAUUUAACAUUAAUGAUUAAUCUAUUUCUGUGGUACUAACUGGUGAUUGUUAUAUACAUUAAAUUAAACAUUUAGCCUGUGCAGUCUUCAUUAUGCACAUUAGAUUUUUUUUCUAGUUAGAUUACUGCAAUGCCAAAACAGUUUUAUA